UUAUAAUUUUCUUCGUUAAAAUCUCCAGACACGCUUUGAUCUCUUCUUCAUCUCGAAAAAAAUUAGAAUCUGGUUUUUUUUUUAUCUUUGUGUCAAUCUUGAUUCGAAAAUGGCCUCUGAAACUGAGUCAGCGACAGAAAACAACAUAAAAGGAGUACUGGUUCAUGGAGGAAGAUAUUUUCAGUACAAUGUCUAUGGCAACAUGUUUGAAGUCUCCAACAAGUAUGUUCCUCCUAUCCGACCAAUCGGUAGAGGAGCUUACGGCUUUGUCUGUGCUGCAGUAGAUUCGGAGACACACGAAGAGAUUGCAAUCAAGAAGAUAGGUAAAGCCUUUGACAACAAAGUAGAUGCUAAGCGAACGCUGAGAGAGAUUAAGCUACUUCGUCAUUUAGAACAUGAGAACGUUGUCAUCAUAAAAGACAUCAUCAGACCUCCAAAGAAGGAGACAUUCACAGAUGUUUAUAUAGUUUAUGAGUUAAUGGAUACCGAUCUCCAUCAGAUUAUUCGUUCAGACCAGCCCUUGACUGAUGAUCAUUGCCAGUACUUCUUGUAUCAGAUUCUGCGCGGACUCAAAUACAUACAUUCAGCAAAUGUAUUGCAUCGCGACCUUAAGCCGAGUAACUUGCUUCUUAACGCAAACUGCGACCUUAAGAUUGCAGACUUCGGUUUGGCAAGGACGACAUCUGAGACAGAUCUCAUGACCGAGUAUGUUGUAACAAGAUGGUACCGAGCACCAGAGCUGCUUCUUAAUAGUUCUGAGUACACAUCUGCCAUUGAUGUCUGGUCUGUUGGUUGCAUAUUUGCUGAGAUCAUGACAAGGGAACCUCUAUUCCCUGGGAAAGACUAUGUCCACCAGCUUAAGCUUAUAACCGAGUUGAUAGGAUCACCUGAUGGAACGAGCCUAGAGUUUCUCAGAAGCGAGAAUGCGAGAAAGUAUGUCAAAGAACUACCGAAGUUCCCGAGGCAGAGCUUUGCAGCUAGGUUUCCUAGUAUGAGUUCUAUAGCUAUCGACCUGCUGGAGAAAAUGCUAGUGUUUGAUCCUGAAAAACGCAUCACUGUUGAGGAAGCAUUGUGUCAUCCUUUCUUGUCAGCACUUCACGACCUUAACGACGAGCCUGUUUGUUCCAACCAUUUCAGUUUCGAUUUUGAGAACCCGUCUUCCACUGAAGAAGAGAUUAAGGAGCUCGUGUGGCUAGAAUCAGUGAAGUUCAAUCCUCAUCCGACCAAUUAAGAAAGUUGCAUCUUAUAGCAUUUGAACUUCUGCUUUAUCUUUGUUGUUUAAGCCUUUUCACUGGUCAACAAAAAACUAUAUAUCUUGUAACACAAGAAAAUUAUGUGUAACGAUCUUCCUUGUAACCCAAGAUUUGUUUUUUUUU